AUGAACGUGGAUCGUCGUACCGGAUUCAUCAAGGGCUACGCUUUGGUGGAGUAUGAGACCUUCGAAGACGCUCAAAAUGCCAUUAAAAACCUGGAAGGUAGCUCGAUUCUGGGUCAGCAAAUCCACGCCGACUGGGCCUUUGUUAAAAACUAG